AUGGGCUGCACAGACACGCAGAAGCCGCGGCAAAAGACGCUCAACUCCUCCAACACCAUCCUCCAACACCAACCUCCAAUAACGAUCAGCAUGCAGGCCCUUUUCACAUUGGCAAAUCACCACUCCGCAAGUCCAUGGUUCACUCAACAAGGGCGAAGAAUGAUUCUUGUUGAACGAAUCUCGGUCGGCUUCUUCGCAGACAACAUGACAACGUCAGAGGACCACCAUAGCAAAGCGUAUAUAUCCAACGUUCAAAAUCCGGCGAACUCAUUCUUCCUUGUUUUAGCUCUCAAUUUAUCAUCAUUCAAUCACAGUCCAAUCUAUUCAUUUAACAUGUCAAAAAUCUCAGGCAUUUACCAUGGCCGCCGUGUAUUGUCUCGUGUAUCUUCUCGAAUUCCGCAUCGCUCUGGUCGACCUAGCAGUAUUCCAGUGACAAGAAUGAUUGAACCAUCUCGCAAUUACACUGAGACAAGCAAUAAACGCCAAGCAAAACACGCAAAGACUACGUUUCAAAACACUGAUAGUCACUCAAUAAGUAACAGUCUAUCAGACCCAGUCAAAUGGUCCGCGUUUAAAAAUGAGCUCAAUGCCACCAUGGACAGCACCGAUUUUUCAGAUGCCCUGUCUGAUCUUAGCUCUACGGAAACCUUCUCUAAGCACCGGUCAAUUAUGCUGGAGUCGCCACCAGCUGGAAUAUAUUUGUUUCAAGCAGUUUGGUGUCACGGUGUCACAUAUGUUGAUUUCACUCCAAUGACCAACCUUUUUGCUGCAGUCCCGCCAAACAAGCGAAACAGGAUUGAGGAUGACGGCGGCCAAAUGUUCUCAAUUCAUCCAUCAAAUUCUAAACCUGGUAUCAAUCCCUUAAGGAAACCGGUAUUACAUUCUAAAACUGAUAACAAUUGCUCAAGGAGACCGGUAUUACUUGCUCUUGAGUGUGGGUCUCAAGUCAAAGAACAACCCUACGAGCGACAGAGAAGCAUCCUUGACCGCCCCGAAAUCAAUCUACCGGCUGGUUUCUUUUGGCCUGCAACUGACAGUUCCUACGGUUCCUCAAACAGCCACAGUCUUUCGUCUAGUCCAGUCUUUCGAGGUAUUGACGAUUCCAUUGAUCCGGCCCUCAAGAUCCUGACUCCUUCAUUUUCCCCCACAUCAGCCACUCCUCCUACCGAAAACACUCACAGUAUCUUGUCUAGUCCAGUCUUUUGGAGUGUUGACGAUUUCAUCAAUCCAGCCCUCAAGACCCCGACUGCUUCAACUUCUCCCACAUCCGCCACUCCUCCCAACGACAAUCCUGCACAACCAUCUACCAGCUCAUUUGGCCACUCAUACAAGAACACAUCUGAUCAUUACUCUUCGAAAUGCAGCUGUCAUCAAAUUAUGGAGGGUCUGUUGGAAGAAAUACAUAUUCACUUUGAACGUCUAACAAAAGUUCUCGUGCAUUUUAAGAAUUGA